GUUCAUUUGGCACACAUGGGCUGGAGGUGGAAAAAAGGAAGUCGAUGAACGGGGAAACGAGGGACAUGGGAAAGAGAGGAGCUGAAGGAGCAUUUAAGCUGCAGAGAAGAUUCCAUGAGGCGAAGAUCUCCAGUCCUGCUACCGAAGGCGGAAAGUGCUGGAAUGUGGUGGCCUUUCGCUUCUUAUUUGAUUAGACUAAUGGUUCCCAUCGCCUACUCAGCAGUUGCCUUACGAUGCUCAGCAGUCAUAAAUUCUUCAGAUUUUUUCAGCUGUGAAGGACUGAAGAGCAAGUCUACCUGAAAGAGGUGAAGAUUCGUACUUGAACUUUGAUACAAAGCGGUUUCAUUUAAUCCAGGUCCUUAGCAAUACUUUGGCUAAAUCUGGAUGCCCUUCUUCAGGACUUGUUUGUUUUAUACAUAGAGUACAGCGCCGGUGGGAGUAUUUUUGGGCCGGGCUCGCGGAGAGACUAAAAAAGGGAUGCAGCCAGGCUAGCGGAAGAGAGAAGAACCUUAUCCGUACACCUGAAAGAGAAACGGCGUAAGGAAGGCUGAAGGAGAAGAUGUUUACUAAACAAGAGCAGUAGGAGCAGAUAAAGGAGGUGGAGCCAAGACGCGAGGUGACACGUCACGCCGGGACGCGACUCGCUGGCAUUCGCAGACCGGGUUCUCAGAGUCCCGCAGCGGCUUUCCCUGGCGUAUGGCCUGAGCGCGACAGGCAGGCAGGGGGCCAGAGCGGGGCAAGCAAAGCCCGCGGGGUGACAGCUGAGAGAUGCCUGAGGGCACCCGAACCACCGGCAGGACCGGCGUGCAGCUCUCCCACACCGUCUACAGGAAGAUCAAGAGGGCACUCAGCUUCCGGAGACGUGUGUUCGGGCAGCGCCUGGAGGAGACUGUCGUGUAUGAGCGGCGGUACGGCGAGCGCGUGGUGCCCCUAGUGGUGGAGCAGUGCGUGGCAUUCAUCCGUCAGCAAGGCCUCCAGGAGGUGGGGCUGUUCCGGCAGCCUGGACAGGCAACGCUGGUGAAGGAGCUGCAGGAAGCCUUCGACAGCGGAGAGAAGCCCUCAUUCGACAGCAGCACGGACGUGCACACGGUGGCCUCGCUGCUCAAGCUGUACCUGAGGGAGUUGCCGGAGCCCGUCGUGCCGUUCUCGCAAUACCAAGACUUCCUUUUCUGCGGGAAGAUGAUUCAGGCAGACAGAAAGCAGGGCUUGGAGGAGCUUAGGAGGCUUUUACAGGAGCUGCCUGUGGUCAACUUCAACCUGCUGCAGUACAUCUGCCAGUUUUUAUACGAAGUUCAGUCCUUUUCAGACUGCAACAAGAUGAGCACCCAGAAUUUGGCCACCGUGUUCGGGCCCAACAUCCUACGACCCAAAGCCGAAGAUCCCGAGAGCAUCAUUGAAGGGACGGCGGCGGUACAGCAGCUGACGGCGGAGCUCAUCAGCGAGCAUGGAGUCCUGUUUGUCAGAGACGGGGACGCCGAGAGCAGAACCACUUCCGGAUCCGGUGGCUUCCUUUCCCCUGGACGCACUGGGAAGGGCGUCGCAGAACCAGCUGCACGGUCACACCGCUCAUACCUAGAACCUUCCGAAAAAGCACUCCCCGUUCACCAGCUGGGCUCUCGGUCAUCCCUGUCUCCUGUAACUAACGAGCUCUCCCACAGCCCGUCCCGCUCGACCGUACCCGCAAGCCAGGCUUUCAACCUGCCCCCCCCGGGCCCCAGUGACCCGGCACGUGAUAACACACGCUCGACCUUCUCCGACUCCUCUAAAACAGGAGCCACUCCUCCCACAGCUGCGCCUCCGCCGGCCUCCUCAGAGGUUCCCACGCCUAUGUCGGGGCCGGAUGGCUGUGGUCCAAGAGCAGCUCCAGUGAGGAUGCAGGACGGAGGACGUGGCGGCUUGCGGGACCGGCACAGGAGCGCCGGCGCGUACGACAGCACCCUGUCCGUCUACAACAACAUCGACGCGGGUUUCGCCGCCCGUGCCAGCAGCGCGCCACCCCUGGACGCCACGGAGAAUGGGUCGCCAAGCUCCAGCAGCAGUCCGUGGUCCUCCUGCGAGAUCCUCCUCCAGGAUGAGGGCGCCGGCAAGGCACCAGGCCCCAGCCACUCCCCCUCUCUGAGGGCGGAGCCCGAGGAGCCCCGGGUGAACUCAGCAGCCUCCUCGGCGCUGACAGAGACCGUCCUGAGCAGUGGCAGCAGUGACGUCUUCCUGCCACCCCUGUCGCCCCCACCCUCCAGCGCCAUGCAGUUCCUAUUGGCCGGUCUCCAGCAGCAGAUGGCCAGACAAAAGGCAGAGUACGAGGCACGCAUAAAAAGCCUGGAGCAGCGUAACCAGGCCCUGCAGGACGAGGUGGCAGGGCUGCAGGCCAGCCUGGAGGAGCAGAGGCAGCGCCACAGCGUGGCCGAGAUGAAGAUGCGUAACGCCGAGCGCGCCCGCUCCGACGCCGACCGCCGCAACGCCGCGCUGCAGCACGAGAUGGAGCAGUUCUUCGACACCUUCGGCGAGCUCGACUUCGAGGCCAAGAAGACGGAGCGCAUCCUGAAGAGCUUCUGACCUCCGGGGUGGAGGGAUGGCGUCAGGGACCAGCGCCGGCCUCCGCGGCUCGCAGCCAGGGACGGCUCAACCAGAAUUAAAUAGUCAAUCAGAAGGCCUUUGUCGUUAGAAUGUCUGGACAUCUUCUCAGGACUUUGAACGACUUUUUAAAUAACCAGACAGGGUUUUAUUGGCCGGGAGAGUAAUGAUUCCCAACCACCACAGCUUCCAUCCCUUCUACGCUUUUUACGGCCAACCAGACAGAUACAUGCAACCUCGCUUCUUCAUCCCAAUUCUCCAGGGGAAUACGGCUAAAUGGUUAGUCUUUACUUGGUCACCAGGAAUUAGUUAAGAUGACUGCAAAGUCUGAAUCAUUCCAGGUUCUAACUAUCCAUCAUUAAAUCUCUACAAGUGCAGGGCUAAACCUACAAGUGCUAUUAUCCAGCAUUGCAGUGCAGAGUAGAUACAAAUAUCUUUUUUACAUUUAAUUCAUCCAUUCAUUUUACAAGCUCUUAUGGGGUUGAGGGGCCUGGAGCCUAUAACAGGAAGGACAGGGGGCUGGGGUGCAUCCUGGAUGGGUUUCUAGUCCAUCACAGGACAUUUACAACCACACAAUAACUAGAGGCAAUUUAGAGACAACAGUAAGUUUGAUGAAGUGCAACUCCAAGUCAGGAAGAACAAACGUCACACACACCAGGUGGAGAUGGGGUCCAGACCCCCAACACUAGAGAUGUGAGGCAACAGCGCCACCUGCUGAGCCAUCACAUCACUCCACAGUGGAAUCGAUAGACAUAUCAAUAAAACAUUUACGUUCCAGAUCUCA